AUUUCAUACACAUCCCUCACACACACAUUGUUCUAUAGCCAAUUACAGAGCACAAAAAAAAAUUCAAAAAAACAUCAUCGGCAAGAAAUCAUCAUGUCGUGGCAAACAUAUGUUGAUGACCACCUAAUGUGUGACAUCGAAGGUAACCACCUCAGUGCCGCCGCUAUUGUCGGUCUUGACGGCGCCGUUUGGGCUAAAAGUGCCACUUUCCCUGAGUUCAAACCCGCAGAGAUUAACGCCAUCCUGAAUGAUUUUAAUGAGCCCGGUUCACUUGCUCCAACUUGCUUGCAUCUUGGUGGCACAAAAUACGUGGUCAUUCAAGGGGAAGCAGGGGCAGUCGUUCAAGGAAAGAAGGGACCGGGUGGUAUUACUAUCAAAAAGACUAAUCAGGCUCUACUUAUUGGUAUCUAUGAUGAACCAAUGACUCCUGGUCAGUGUAACUUGGUUGUUGAGAGGCUUGGCGAUUAUCUCUAUGAUCAAGGUUAUUAAUUUAUUGAAUUUCCUUUCAAUAGUUUGUAUUGAAGAUUGUGGUGUUUGUUGAUGAUGGAUACUUGAGAGUUGGGAAGUGGUAGAUAUGAUUUCUUUCUGGAUUCAAAACAGUUCUCUUUGUAUUUUGAUUUUGCAAGAAUUGAUUUAAAUUAUAAUUUCAAGUGAGACCAUUGAUUAUUUUUGAGUGGAAUGGUUGUUGGUACCUAAAAA